CACAGCUAACUUUCACAAUGACUUUAACCGAUUCUUCAUUAGGCGCUAAAGGCGUCGACAAGCAUCCUACGGUUGCAAAACCAACUGGUUCAUCGAACAUGUCCAGUAAAAUGGACACCAAAUUUGUCUCUCAUCCCAUGAAAAAGGCGCAUCAUACUCACUUCAAGGGCGACCGACAAGCUGCCCGUGCCAUGAGGCAACUAGCCGGUGUCAUUGAAGCACGCCCAGGGAUCAUAGAGUCAACACAUAUUGCUCCUUUGAAUGAUGACCCCAACAUGAAUGAUGACGCUUGGAAAAGCAUCGGUCGCACGACAGAGAAGGCGUAAAUGUAUGAUUCACGCCCCUGAAGGAAUAAAUAAUUUCGAUAAUAAUUAUUAAAUACAAAAGUUUUGUAUUUGUAUCACAAAUAUUGUAACUUGUUUCUCCACC